GUUCCAGUUCUAUCUUUAUAUCAUUAUACAAAUGUCUCACCAAGAAGAAGCAUAAGGAGCACUUUGCGUUCUCAAACGAUGGCCAUCUGUAAACAACAGAGAAUUAUCAGUGAAAAGAGUUAUCUGCCAGUCUUUAACAGCAAUCAUUUAAAGUUUUCCGACGAUUUUCUGCGGUCAAAGUGUACCGUAAGCCUGUCGACGCAUUUCACUGAAGUCACGGUUGACACAGUUCGCCAUUUUCGUGCGUUGAUAUUGGAAUCUCAUUUUUUGUGCGAAUGGCUGUCUAACAACCCUACUUCUGUCGGUUGAAUUUGAACCUGUGUCUAUUUCUUAAAGUGUUGUGAUGAAGGCUACAUCUGGGGGACAACGGCGAACAUUUUAUCACGAUAAACCCACACAUGAUGGUGUAACCGGGACGACCCAGAUUUCAAAGCGCACGAUGCCGCCUCUCCUUCGCCUUGACAGCAUAGGUGAGGUUUCGUCAGUCAGCUUUGGUCCAGGAGAAAGAAUGGGUCAACAUAAGGUGCAAAGUAAUCGUUGCCAUUCAGUAAACAAGGCGGUCAUUGCCACUACCAAAUUUUUAAAUAAUCUAGUAGGAGCUACCCCAAUGUCAGCACACAGUGCUGCACCAAUGACACAUGGUCACCAUUUGCCAAAGGAAGAAAUGAGUUUCCUAGCAAGCAGAGUUGUUAAUUCAGCUUCCACGAUGGCUACAUUUGAAAAAGAGCGUGUUGUGAAAGCAUCUUCACCACAAUCAAAAGAUGACAGGUACGGACAGUGGGGUAAACGUUACCCAUUGAUGCCACCGGGAAUAUUUCCUUGCCAUGUAUUCAAUGCCAUGCAGAGUCAAAUGCAGUUCAUGAAUUUGCCUAAGGAAUGGUAUAGCCCAUUUAUUGCAGGUAAUGGAAUCGUUGGGUCUGUCAGUGACUCAGUUUUAGACAGACUUUCCCGCACUGCUACAAGAAGAGAGACAUCUUUUUCUGAAGUUGUGAACUCCAAAUCACCACAGAUGCCUUCAGAAGAGAGAAAUAGUGUCUGUGAAGUGCCAGUUAAUCAGACAGUGCUUGCUGAGUCAGGGGCAGCAAUGGGAGAAAUGUGCUGUGAUGAAUCAACACCAAGUGCACCUGUUUUAAAUAAAGUGACUGAUUUUUCUUCCUGUGCCAGCAGUACUAGUAGCAGUAGCAAGUCACAGAAUUCUCCACAAACUGAACUUCGAGGUGCAUCAUCUGUAGACAGUGAAGAUGAUUUCAGUGAGGAGGAAAAUGAUAAUGGUAAAACUGUUGAAGUGGAGGAGGAAGAUGACAUAAUCUUUGAGGAUUCAGUGGAUGGUGCAGCUCUGCCUUCUUGUAAGGCUGAUCUAUAUUUUAACAGUGGUGAUGAUGACAAUGAUGAUGAUGACGAUGAUGAAGAUGAUGGUUUCUGUAUUCAGCAAUUGUCGGAAGUAAAAUCAGAUGAUUCCUCUGAUUGGGAUGAUGAGGAGGACAUUGAUGAAGAUAGAGUUCAGGGCAUCGAGUCAUGCUCCUUUGGGCUAGCGUUUAAAAGUCUUGCUAGCUUCCUGCCUGGACACAAAAAGUGCAGCUCCGAAAAUAUUUUAGCCAACAAUACUUGGCUAAGCCAUUAUGGCCCAGAACAGCUACCAUCUAAUAGAAGUUCUGUUAAGGUUACAUUUAGCUGUGGCAAAGGAGUGGAUCAAGAGAUUUGGUAUGACAAAGAGGCAGAAGAGGUUUUUACUCCAACUUUUAUGGAGCUGGCACUGGAGAAAAAGGAUGGCACACAUAAAAGUAAAGCCAAAAAGCAUUGUUCCAGCUGAUGAUUUGUUUAGGUUAGCUUAGAGUAAGAACUCAUCUUCCUAGUUGUGAAUUGAGACUUGAAAGACUGUGAUUAUUUGUAUGUGAUAGUUUUGUAAAUAAACUUGUUUAGGAAUUUUUUUCUAAUGAUGAAGCUAAUUUUUUUUGUCAUGUUGUGAAAGCACUAAGAGAAUGUCAUCAGAAUGCAUGAGUUUGAUUUUUUUUCAUUUCCUCCACCCUUAAACCUCUUAGCACAGCAUAACAAUAUAAUUACUUAAUAAAAAAUGGCGUAUAACUUAAGACUUUGAAGACAUCAGAGGGUGAUGUUUGUGUAAUGGCUAACCCGAGUGAAAAAUUAUCCUAAAAGAACUGGUUAUAAUGUAGUAUAAAACUAGAUCACAAAAUCUAACAUCAGAAUUGUGACUGAGUUUUGGUAAGAGAUGAAAACAUUUUUUUUUUAAUGACAUCAUGAAAGUAUCCUUGCAGUUAUAGUAAUGCCUUACUAACGUGGUUAAAGCUAUUGGAUUGAAUGAUUACAGAAACUAAAGUGUAUUUCAAUCUAUGCGUGAUUAUUUAUUUUGGUGACAAAUUAUAACUAUGUUGUAUGAAUCUGUCAUCAACAUGGACAGAGCUUAAUUUCAUGUUUGACUUGGGUUAGGUUGUGAAGAGAGAAAAUUGGCAUGUUUCAGAUGAUGAGUGAUGGGUUGUGUAUGUAUAAAUUGGCAAAGUGUUUAAGUGCUUUAAAAAAAAAAAAGAAUCAAAAUUUUUCUGAACACAAAUAUGUAGUUGGUUCCCAGUUUACAACACCUAUGUAGUUAUCAGUAAUGUCAGUGUAUUAUGGAAACUAUCUCAAGUAUAAUGAACCAUUCACUAAAUGUUUAAGUUAUUGUUAGAAGGGAAGUGUUAGCUAUACAUAAUGUAGUCACUUCAUUGUGGUUGUACACAACCUCAGUGUGAAAUUUUAAUUUUGGGGCACCAUGAGUUGAUGGAUUAGACAGAAAGGGUAUUUAAACCAAAAAAAAAUUGUAGCCAGAAAUCCAAUAAAUGUCAGCUGUUAAGUUUUAUAGGUAAUCCAGACUGAAUCUUUUGUAACCCCCUUUUUUUGGGGGGAAUGGUUUGUAGGAAUUUUACUUUGCAGUGUCAGCAUAGAGACACAAGUAACAGUUUCAUAAAUUGCCAUUAUGGUGGCAGUUUCAGUUGGCCAAUGUUUGACAGACCCUGAUUUUUUUUCAUUUUAGUAAAUUUCUUGAAAGCAAUUGGAACCAACUCACUCCCAUACUUUGUAGUUUGUGUUAGCAAGAACCAAGAGUUUUGUACAUUGUGAAAGACUGCACCCUAGAACAGUCUACUAAGAAGGCAGAAUAUUACAAGUUAGCCUUACUCCGUCCCAGUCAAAUCACUGUUGUUUCACCGCUAAUGAACAUAUGUUAGUCAUUUGUUGGAAGAAUUGUAGAGAGAUCAGUGUUUUUGUUCUGUGAAUGAUUGUAGAGUAAUUCAGUAUGGUUGUAGCGUAUUUACACCUCUGAGGCGGUAUCUGUUGAAGUACAUCCCUGGGAUCUGUAGGAUGUCAGAUGACUUAAUGUCUGUGCCCUACUGCAGGGUACUUAUAGGUUCUUGUGCCCUUUGUUCUUGUAUCAAAUUCAGCCAGUGCACAGUUGAACUCACUGGUUUUUCUCUUCUGAAGCAUAUUUUAAGAGUUUAUUAGAAAUUUAUCCAUGUGCUAUAAAAUAAAGAGGUAAUGUCAUCAGCACUCAUCUUUCCUAUCCCUUCCCCUUUUGUUUUAGAAAAGGCAUAACAUCACUUGGUUAUAGCAGGGCUUCACAACUCCUUUUUGCAGGGGAGGUAAUGUGCUGAAUACAUGAAUGAAAAUUAACAUUCAUGCAACUUUACUUCAAGUAUAAGAUAGAAGAGUCUAUCUCUUUAUGUAUAUUGCAAAGCUAUAAUGUAUGUGUGCCUUAUAAGCAAAUUCAAUUAUCCAUUUCACAGACUUAAAGAAAAUGGUUGAAAGUUCAUGAAAUAGGGUAAAUUAAGCUUCUGAAGUAUAACCAUAGGCGUAUUUUGUUUGCAAAACCAUACUUUUGUGAUAAGAUGGUCCAGCUGCCUUUUCAAUUAAAAAGAAAAUCUCAUUUCUGUUUAUAGUACAAGUAAUCAAAAUGACGGUGUCUAGUCAUCAGUUUGUCUGUAGUAUUUGUUUCAUAUAUUGUUUGUAGCAAGUCAUUUCAUUCUAUUUGGUCACCAAAUCUUUUUUUUUUUCCUGGUUUAUUUUACUGAUUGUAGUUCUUAAUUCUUGGCAAUGGAAAACAUGUCAAACCAUUAUCAGUGCUUUACCAUUUUGAAAAAAAUGGCAAACCAUUUCUUUGAAGGACGAUUAACAGGGUCAGAUGUUGAUAAGCAAGGGAGUGAUCGCUUUUUGAAGUCUAGGUCUUGUUGGAAUGACAGGAAAUGGUGAUUUUGCUCAUUUGAUGUUAUAUUUAUUUUUAUUCUUAAUGUUCUUGUCUUUAGAAUUGUUGUAAAGAAAAUGGCUGCAGAUGUGAUUUUUUUGGCUGUUCAUACAAUUUCCUGUGAAAUAAUGGUUUAGUGGAACUUUUUUUUUUGUAAUAUCAAAUUUGACAGAAAACAUGCCUGUGAGAUGGUAUAUAUUUUCCUUGAUAUUAAAAGAGUAAGACAGUUAUGUUCAACAAUGAAAAUAAAACAGACUUGUAUAAUUUUGUCAGCUCAGCUUUGCAUUAUCUGUUAAUAACCAACAGUUAUCCAAAGUUAGUUUUUUAAAACAUUUUGAUACACUGCAAAUAACCUAUGUAUCAUUUAUGGCUGCCAAGUACUGGUGCAUUAGAUGUAACAGACUUCUGUCAUUUCAUCAUCUGACAUCUAUAUAGCAACUUGCACAUUCCACCAUGGCCCAUUCCUCAGGACACCUGAUGAGAUUUCUAUCAUUUCCUUGGUGGCGGUGUGGUAUUGGGAAGCUUGGUUUAUUUCUUUUCUUCUGAUAGAUCUUUAAAUAUGCCAUUCUGGGUGGGGGACUGACUUAAUUUGCCUCAGUCAUAAAAUUUCUGAAGCAGACCAUUCAGAUGCCUUCUGCUGGUUGAAAAAACAUUCCGGUAUGCUACUUUUCACUUGCCAAUAAAUGAAUAUAAAAUAAG